ACCUGAUGCACGAUUAACCGAGUGGCUUCUCAACCCUGAUGGCUGGGAAGCGCAGGGCUGCUGCAACUUGCAGAGCUUUCCCUAAAGUGUCUGAGGAAAGAGGAGAGGAGGGGAGUACAGGACUGUGGGUCCGGUGAGCAGCGGGGUGGGAAGCGGACACCCCACGGAGCCAGCUAGGGGCGGACUUGGGACACGACUUGGGGGCGGAUUGGGGGGAGGGCUUGCCCUAAAGGGACACGAAGAGAAAAGACGUCCCAGCAAGACCGCAACCAUGCCAUUGUCCCUACGUCAGGUGCUCCUCUCCCUGCUGUUCCUGAUUUUCUUGGGGCCAAGUGAAGCCAAAAGGAAGCAAAGCCCUAAAGUACUCAACAAUACCAAGCCAGCUCUGCUGCAACUGUCUGACUACCUCCUGACCCAUUACAAGAAGAGUGUCCGACCUGUUCGGGACUGGAGGAAGCCAACCACAGUGUCCAUUGAUGUCAUGAUCUAUGCCAUCCUCAGCGUGGAUGAAAAGAAUCAAGUGUUAACCACCUAUAUCUGGUACAGACAGUACUGGAUUGAUGAGUUUCUCAAAUGGAAUCCUGAAGAUUUUGACAACAUCACCCAGCUUUCUAUCCCCACUGACUACAUCUGGGUCCCAGACAUCCUUAUCAAUGAAUUUGUGGAUGUAGGAAAAUCCCCAAACAUCCCAUAUGUGUAUGUUCGGCACCAGGGAGAGGUCCAGAACUACAAGCCCAUCCAGGUGGUGACUGCAUGUAGCCUGGAUAUCUACAACUUUCCCUUCGACGUGCAAAACUGCUCAUUGACCUUCACCAGUUGGCUUCACACAAUCAGGGACAUCAACAUUACCCUGUGGCGGUUACCAGAAAAGGUGAAGCUUGAUAAGAGUGUCUUCAUGAACCAAGGAGAGUGGGAGCUUCUGUACGUGCUGACCCAGUUCCACGAGUUUAGUGUUGAAAGCAGUGACAGCUAUGCAGAGAUGAAGUUCUAUGUGGUCAUACGGCGACGGCCUCUUUUCUACACUGUAAACCUGCUAUUGCCCAGCAUUUUCCUCAUGGUCAUGGACAUCGUAGGAUUCUACCUGCCCCCAGACAGUGGUGAAAGGGUCUCCUUCAAGAUCACUCUUCUCCUAGGCUACUCUGUCUUCCUUAUUAUUGUGUCUGACACACUUCCAGCCACAGCUAUUGGCACCCCACUCAUUGGUGUCUAUUUUGUGGUGUGCAUGGCCCUACUGGUGAUCAGCCUGACUGAGACUAUUUUCAUUGUACGGCUGGUGCACAGGCAAGAACUCCAACCUCCUGUGCCUGCCUGGCUUAGGCACCUGGUACUCGAGCGAGCUGCAGUUCUUCUCUGCCUUCAGGAUCAGCCACAUCAUAGUCCCUCAGCCCUCCAAAGAUCCACAGUCUCUUCUUAUUCCACUGAAAAUGACACAUGCUCAGCCACCAUAAACCACUGCAGCAGGUUGGGAGGGCAUCAGGACUUGGAGAAGACCACAGAAGAGAGGAGCAACCCUUCUCCACUAUCCCAGGAGAACUCCUCGGUAGUACAUGGGCUACUUCAGGAAUUGGCAACCAUCAAGCAUUUCCUGGAAAAGCAAGAUGAGCGCCGGGAUAUUGCCCGGGACUGGCUACGGGUGGGCUCUGUGCUGGAUGUGCUACUGUUCAGAAUCUAUUUGCUGGCAGUGCUAGCCUAUAGCAUUACUCUGGGGACUCUGUGGUCCAUCUGGCAAUAUGCAUGAGUUGAUCCAGACCUGUGAAGGAAAGUAGAGAUUGGAAUAGGAGGAUUAUCCCACAUCCAAUAGACUCCAGAAUAUGUUAAACACAUAUACAUUUUCAUUCUUAGCUUCUCCAGUUAUGCAGGGUAGAAUUUCUUUGGAUGUCUUGGACAACCAUGCAACAUAAAUUUGUUCAUCACACAGUAGGAAAGUGAACCUUGGAAGUUAGCUAGCAAUCAAUUAGGAUAUGCUCUGGCAUUUGGGGAUCCAUAGGUUAUGAUCUCCUUCAGCAUAAGGUUAUUAUAGUAGAAUGUCAUUAUAACAAAUACCACUAUCAGCUAACAAAUGGAACCCCCAAGCUUUCUAUGUUAGAGUGAGAGACUCAACCACACAUUCUUUCCUAUAUAUAUGUGGGCUAUGGUUUGACCUGCAGUACAAAAGAGAACAUUGAGCAAAUCAUUUAACUUCUUUGAACUUCAAUUUCUAAAACAAGAAAUUCAGAUUAGAUGGUCCUUACAAUCCUUUCCAGCUUUAAUAGUCUAUGAUUUCAAUCUUGUGAGCAAGGCUUCAUGCUAAGACCUGGGGAUACAAAGAUCAAAUAAGACUCAGUACCUGCCUCAAGAAGCUUACAACACAAGAUGCCACCAAUUUCCUAUUAUCUAAGGACUAAUGUGGUUCAAGGUAUGGAUUAUCCAGGCUCCUGUUCUCUCUUCCUUCUCACUUUGUGGCCAUUUUAUUUAACAAAAAUGCCUUCAUCAGAUGGGAGAGGGAGAAAAGGAAGGAAAAUAAAAGGAAACAAAGUGUAAA